GUCUGAGUCAGUGUGAUUUAGACAGGAGAGCUGCGUGCACGGAUCAUGUACAGAGACUUUUCUGUGACUUAUCCUCAUCAGGACUUAGGGUGCAGCAGUUCUAGUCACAGCCCUGACUCAGGGAGUUCGCACUUCGCAGCAGUUAGUAUGGGUCACAGCAUAAGAUCAACCCCUCCUGAGGAUCACCAGCAGAAAUUCACAACUCACCCGUCUUCCAGUCCUUUCAUCCCAACAUUAAAUGCGAUAACCUCAAGUCAAGAUCUUAACUGGAUGGUCCAGCCUAGUGUUCGACAAUUAGCCUUACCACCAUACCACAGCCCUCGUCAUGGUGUCAUCAGAAGCAUGAGCGGAGUCUUGAAUAUGGCAAGGAGACGUGUUGGUGAACAUAUAUCACCCGAAGAAGAGCAGAGGAGAAGAGUGCGAAGAGAGAGGAAUAAGAUCGCUGCCGCCAAGUGCAGAAACCGCCGUAAAGAGCUAACUGACUACCUUCAAGCAGAGACAGACCAGCUGGAAGAGGAGAAGUCAUCUCUGCAAAAGGAGAUAGCAGAGCUGCAGAAACAGAAAGAUAAACUUGAACUGAUUCUUGACGCCCACCAACCGAUCUGCAAAGUGGCCCACUCUCAACAGGGGGGCUCUCCUAAACUUGUUAAGGAAGAGCCACAUGAUGAACCUGCACGAGGCCCCAGAGUCAGACUUCCUAGAAUAGAGAUUAGUGACACAGUUCUUGAACCAGAGGCCCUUCACACUCCUACCUUGAUGAAGACACCAUCAAUUACACCCUUCACACCAUCCUUGAUGUUCACUUAUCCUGGACCUCAGGAAUCCUGCUCCACAGCUCAUCGCAAGAGCAGCACUAGCAGUAGCAAUAACAGCGGGGAUCAAAGUCCAGGGUCGCUCAGCUCACCGACUUUAUUGACUCUUUAAAAUGAUUUUGUAGAGGAGGGUGCCUUCAGGAGUAUUACAUUUUGUCUAAACUGAUUUCAGGUAGACUUAUGCCAGUCUUAAAAUUGUUGUAGAUCCCAGUAUAUAGGAUAAGAUUCACUUGAUCAGUAAAGCAUGCUAUCACUUUUUCCUACAUUUGUUUGCUAAUAUAUUUGUUUCAUUGUAAUUUGUUAGAUGCAUGGCCUCUUUUUAUAAGGUCACAAGUUAAGUCAGAUCUAUAGAGCUAUAUAAGGGCACAGGGUCACAGUUAAAGGCAGAGCCAACAUUAAACUGCAUGUCCACUGUUGUAUGGUCAAAAAAAAAGUUAGCGGCAGAGCCGAAAUAAUACUAUGUUACUGCGUAGUAGGGGUUUCGGAAAAAGUAACGGCAGAGCCGGUCUACUAUGUAUUUAUUAAAGUAUAUUUUUAUAUGGUUAUUGUUUGGGAUAAAGUGUAUACAUAUUAUUAAUGAAUAAUA